AUGGCAUCGACAAUAUUCUCCAUUGAGGCAACAUUACAGUCACUCGCUGACAAGGGGUAUGUCAUUCUUGAAGACACAGGAGUGGGCAACAUAGCGUCCGAGAUGGAGCAAAAAGGUUUCCCGUUCCUGUCAAUGUACGGUCUAGAAUAUCUCAGACAACAUGUCCUUGAGAACACACGGGUUCGAUCUGUACUCGAAGGCCUAUUCGAUAGAUGCAGCCUCGGACACUGGUUGAGAUAUAAAGAACUUCCAGGGCAUAUCGAAUGCUUUAGUAAAGCCGGAUCUGAAGCUGAACUGCAUAUGCUUGCUAUUCAUCAGUUCCCCAAGGGAUCAGCGGUGGCUUGCUGGGAUGGAUCACAUCAAGUGAACACACCUACAGUGACAGGCAGGCGAUCUACUUUUGAAACGACUCAAUCUGAGCUCCUCGAUGCACACUGUACAGCUAGCGAGAGGGAAUUCCCUGAGGGAGGCUUGAUGAUUCGUGAUCCACGUCUCUUUAUCGAAAUUCGAAGGGGGUACACAAUCACUUUCCUGUUUGCAACGGAGGAAGUGCUUGCUCGUUGGCCAAAGAUCCUGCUUCUAGAUUUGCCGGAAAUAAGAGAAAGGGUUGCACAUAUGGAGAGCAUGAGGGUCGGUAUGAAUAUCGUGUUUCAAGGUCCAGCCAGUGCAAUAAACACGUAG